AGUACGUCCUGCCAGAUCCAAGAGGUCCUUGUAACAGCACAGCACACGGAAAUACAUAGCUCAUAAUGUCGCAGAUCGCCUGGGGAAAAUUCGUCUUGUUCACCGUAGGAGUGAUGGGAGCUGGAUACGGAGUGAUGAAAAUCGCCACACCAUCGGACGAGCAGUUCUACAAUGCCCUUGCACCUGAUCUCAAGCGAAAGGUCGAUCAGAUUCGAGCUCAGCGGGCCACUUCGGAGGAGAUGAGGACCAAGUUGGCCGAGAGUGCGGCACAAGACAAGAUCGUCUGGGGAGAAGUCACGCCUUCUGGACCCAAGCGGGUAUGAGCUUGGUUGACCAGCAAAAAACCGUGAAGCCGACAAAGCUCUGUAUCAUACGAAUGCGCCAUAUAGUCCCUUGCUAUCACCAUAAAAUUGAGACCGUCUGAGCUUCCUAGAUUCGCCCGUCGAGAACUUGCUCGCAGAGUCCCUCGUAUACGUAUCCUCGGACCCGGGGAUCUCAAGUAAAGCAAGUAAUUAGCUUCCUCUCGCGUGACGAUCCC